AUUCAGUCCUGUCAGUGAGUAGAGGCACUCAGAAAUAGCAGAGAAGAGAGGGAGCACAGAAACGCAUGGUGAACUAAUGGAUUACUCUCACAGACUCUUGUGAACUACACAGCACCGACAUACCAUCAACCACACAACCUGGCAAAUACAGUACAGACAUACAAUAUUCACACUGAUUUCACUUAAGCCUCACACUCAAAAAGCUCUCUACAAAUUUAGAUCACACAGACUUUGAGACAGACAGUUCUAACACAGGUCUCUUAAUCUACAUUAGAGUAAAUAGACAAACGGAUUCUCUGAUUCUGACACAAACACAGACACAAUGGAAAUGCAUGGGCUUCAGUGUUGAACUGAAGGACCAAAGAUGUGAAUUUCGGUGAGGACUCUGACACCUUUGUGAAACAUCACUGAAGAGCACCACAAGCAAAACAGGACACGCAUGAGGAGGUUGACCAUGCACUGACAAAAAGGCAUGGAAACCAUCUCCGGGGAAAUGGGUUGGAAUAGAUUAGGCCACUCCUCUCUGGCAUCCGUGACAACAGGAAGAACCAACCUCACUUCCUCCCUCUUCUCCGACUUCACGUCCCUCAACAGUUCUCACGAAGGGGCAGGGUCCUAUUACUGGAUUAUCCCAGAGAACGCCUCAGCCACCACGCCCCAUGCCUUACCCCAGCCCGGGGUGAAGGAUCUGGGUCUGGCCCGGGCGGAGAUAGGGGUCCUGGGCUUGGUGCUGGCCCUCACUACCCUAGGGAAUGGCUUCGUACUGUGGGUGCUGCUCCGCAGGAGGAAACACAACGCUCCGAUGCAUCUGUUCAUGGUCAACCUGUGUCUGGCUGACCUGGUGGUGGCGCUGUUCCAGGUUUUUCCCCAGCUGGUGUGGAACAUCACAGAAAGGUUCCAGGGGCCGGAUUUUCUGUGUCGCUCAGUAAAGUACCUGCAGAUCGUAGGGAUGUUCGCGUCCUCCUAUAUGAUUGUUGCCAUGACAGUGGACCGGCACUAUGCCAUCUGCUGCCCACUGCAGGCCUAUCGUGGUGGGUCCGUGUCCCGCUGGAACACCCCUAUUAUGAUGGCCUGGGGCCUGGCCUUACUUCUCUCUAUACCACAGUUGUUCAUCUUCUCGCGGUCGGAGGUGUCUCCAGGAGAGUUUGAGUGCUGGGCUCACUUCGCUGAGCCGUGGGGACUCAAGGCCUACAUCACCUGGAUGACCCUAGCAGUGUUCUUACUGCCAGCACUAAUCAUCACUGUCUGCCAGAUACGGAUCUUCAGAGAGAUUCACAACAACAUCUAUCUGAAGUCAGAGAGGAUGGUGUCAGCAGAGCUCAAGAAGAACAACGCUGUCAUCUUCCACUUCCACAGAGUCAAAAAGGACGAUGACAGAGCGACCAGGGAGCGGGGGAGGGGGGGAUGCAGAGGGGGGAGAGGAGCAGGAGUAGGAGGGGAGCAGCUUCUAAAGACUAUGAACAACAACCCCUCCAGCACUCUCUGCAACCCUCUCUUACCGCUCUCCCCCCAGUCUACUACAGCUGUUGUACCCUCAGAAUGCUAUCCCUACCUGUCCCCCUCUCCACAGUACAGCAGCUGUCACAACAACCACACAUGCCUCCUAACAAUGGCGGAUGCGACUGUCGUGAGUCCUACACAUCCUUCGAGCUCCCAUCCUCCCCCCCGGUGUGUCUCCUCUCCACGCCCAUCGCUGGAGUACCCUCCCCCACCCCCCCGGGCCCUGACGCCCCCCUCCAUCUCCAAGGCCAUGUCUAAGACGGUGAGGAUGACUCUGGUGAUAGUGUUGGUCUACACAGUCUGCUGGUCCCCCUUCUUCAUCGUUCAGCUGUGGGCUGCCUGGGACCCCAACCCUCCAGACCAAGGCGUAGCGUUCACCAUCCUGAUGCUGCUGGCCAGUCUGAACUCGUGUACCAACCCCUGGAUCUACACCUUCUUCAGCAGCUCUGUGUCCAGGGAGCUACAGGCCCUGUUACGCUGCAGACCAAGAACCCCGCGCAGGGGCUCCAUACCUGACGACUCCACCACCACACACACCUCCACCACCACACACACCUCCACCACCACACACACCUCCACCACCAAGGACAGCCUCUACUGACACAUUCAGACACUCACACGUACGUACAGUUCGGUCAAUAUUUGUCGACACCUUUGAUAAAGAUGAGCAAAAAAAUCAUUAUGAAAUAAAUAAUACAAAAAUACA